AUGACUGCGUCUCAGCCCACGGUCGAUGGCACCUCCAAGAAGGAUCGGCGUGGUGGCCGCGCCGGCCCUGGCAACAUCCUUCCGAGCUCCACCGGCACCGCCAAGGCAGUGGCGAAGGUCAUUCCGGAUGAAGGGCAAGCUGACCGGCAUGGCUUUGCGCGUGGAGACAUGAAGGGCUACCUGGAGUACACGGACGCGGCCUUGGUGUCCACUGACUUCGAGGCCAACCUGCAAGACGCUGUGACGUCGACUGCUGAUUCCAUGCUGUGCCAG